UAUAUCUUCUACACCUAAGUAACAAACAAAAGGCUCACACUUCCCCUCCACAUUACCUCUUUCAUCAACAUCAUCUCAAGACUAUGAUAUGAUGAUAGACCUCAAAUACAUAUGGGUGCUAGUUUCAAUCAACAGGUACAUUCUCAACACAAUACAAAAUGAAAAAACAAGGAACACUCUAAAAACAAGAUGUAUAUCAAACUUAAGGACUCAAAACCAAGAAUUCUUUGAAUUCUCUGACCAAUCAGUCUUAUCCAAUCUUUAUUAUGGCAUUGACAACAUUGAAAUUGCAAUACAAUCACAACAUCCAGAACAAAGAUCUUUUAACCUUAAAAAGUCAGAAGAAAUGCUUCAAGUUCCAGCAAUGCUUGAUGAAGAUGAAUUCACUGCUUCAAUUCCAAAUCAUUACUUGGUUUGUUGCUCUUACUUUUAUCUCUCAGUUGUUAGGAAGCUUCAAGGUGAUGAAUGGCAAGCUGCACUUCAUUUUCUUCAAGCUGUUUUGGUUUCUCCAAAGCUUGUUUGGAAUGAAUUUGCACCUCAACUUUGUGAAAGUCUUUUCAAGAAGCAUGAAAAUAGAAGUUUGGAAUUUGUUAGUUCUUUGAAUUCUGAGGAAGAAAUCAAUGAAGUAAUUGUUAAGGAGAAGGCAAGGAGAUAUAAGGAGUGUUUGGUGUAUUAUCAGGUCAUGCUUUAUGGAGAGAUUCCAUGGUGGAGCAGUUAUUGCAGCAAUAAUUCAGCAAAUUAUAUGGAUGUAUCCAAUACCAGCUGUGUAUCUUCUACUUCAGUUCAACAUGAACAAAGAUUGAAAACUUGCAAUACAUGGCAGUAUGGGAAGGUUCACCCAAUGGAUCCUCAAGAUGUGAUGCAAGAACAGCUGAGUUCAAAAAACAUAAUUAACCUUGAUUCAAGCAGAUUCACAAAAGAUGUUGUUGCUUUAUCGAUCUCGAAACGGAUAGAAAAAAUGAGUAUUGAUUUAAAUUGCCGUGUCGAGGAUUUAUUAAUCGAAGAAGCAUUGCAGCCACUAGAAUUCCAUCUCUUUGAUCAUGCAAGCAGAAAUCAUAAACUCGGCCCGAAAAACCGCGAAGAAAGUUCUAAGAUGAAAUUGCAAACAUUAGAAAAAUGUGGUGAAGAGUAUAUUGUAGACACUGCAUCGAUUUUUGAGAGUUUAAUCAGUUCAUCAGGAACUAAUUAUGGUUCAUUAAAGGAUGUGAUUUUGGAUGAACUACUUAUAGUGAUCUCAACUUCGAAAGAGGAAAAGGAACUAAGAACAUCAGUAUCAAUUCUAACAACAAUAAUUUCAAGGAACAAGUCAAUUAUAGAAGAUGUGAAGAAAAAAGGUUUAAGGUUAUGUGAUUUAGCAAGUGCCCUAAAACAAAAUGUUCAUGAAGCAGCAAUUCUAAUCUAUUUAAUAUAUCCAUCUCCUAUAGAUAUAAAUACACUGGAAAUUUUGCCAAUAUUAGUAGAGAUUGUAUGCACUUCAUCACAAAGUUGUUACAAGAGUAAUAAGCAAGAAGAAUCACUUCUUAUGACACCUCAUGCAGCAUCGUUGAUGAUCAUUGAAGAACUUGUAACUUCAAUUGACUAUGCUACAAAUAACAUGCAUUUGGAAGUAAUCAGUUCCCCUCAUGUUCUCAGUGGACUUAUAGAAGUUGCAAGAAAUCAUAAUCUUGAUGAGUUUUUGUCUUUGACUACCAUUCUUAUAAAAUGCAUGCAGUUUGAUUCACAGUGUAGAAAGUAUGUGUCACAGUUCACUCCUCUUGCUCCAUUUCUACACCUUCUAGAGACGGAAAAUGUUCAUGCCAAAUGCACGGCGCUCGAGUUUUUUCAGGAAAUCCUAUGCAUACCAAGAUCAUCAGCUAUUAAUCUGCUGCAGAGGAUAAAACAAGAAAGCAGAAUCAAUAUUAUGCAGAUACUAAUGCAUUGUGCCCAUCAAUUACAACCUGAUCACCAGAUUUUAGCUGCUAACCUAUUGAUUCAGUUAGACACAUUGAACCCAACUGAUAAAAGCUUGUUCAGAGAAGAAGCUGUGCAGAUUCUUCUAAGGACAUUGACAUCUGAAGAAAGCUCAGAACAUAUAUUAUCGGCAUCCAUUCUAUCAAAUCUUGCUGGUACAUACGCUUGGACAGGAGAAUCAUAUACAGCAGCAUGGCUUCUGAGAAAGACAGGCUUGACCUCUCCCUAUCAUCAAAACAUGAUACGAAACUUCAAUUGGUUGGAUCAGAGUCUACAGGAUACAAGCAUAGAUGUAUGGUGCAGCAAAAUUUCCAAAUGUAUCAUAAGUGUUGGAGAUUCAAUCUUCCAUACUUUAGAGAGAGGACUGAGAAGCAAGAUUAAAAGGGUUUCUAGAGACUGCCUUAUAGCCAUCUCAUGGCUUGGAUGUCAAAUAUCAAAAAAUCCAGACAGCCUCAGUAAUUCUGCAUCUGAGAUUGUAUUAAGAGGAAUUGAGCAAUUUCUGCAUCCUGGGAUGGAAUUGGAUGAAAGACUUUUGGCAUGUAUGUGCAUGUAUAAUUAUGCCUCAGGGAAAGGAAAGCAAAAACUAAUGCAAUUCUCGGAAGGAGUAAAGGAAUCAUUAAGACGACUUUCAAACAUAACCUGGAUGGCUGAGGAGUUACAUAGGGUAGCUGAUUUCUUACUUCCAAACACAUCACGUAUUUCUUGUGUUCAUACACAAAUCCUUGAGGCAGGUCGGAACUUUAGCACAUCAGUUUGCUCCCUCAUAUACUACAAGGGACUGUUGUUCAGUGGAUAUUCAGAUGGAUCAAUUAAGGUCUGGGAUAUUAGGGGGCACUCAGCUAGCCUUUUAUGGGACAUUAAGGAGCACAAGAAGUCGGUGACAUGCUUUUCAAUUUAUGAACCACUAGACAGUCUUUUAAGUGGAUCCACUGAUAAAACCAUAAGGGUGUGGAAAAUGAACCAAAGAAAUCUUGAAUGUCUUGAAGUGAUAGUCAUGAAGGAACCAGUUCAUCAUUUGCGCGCACAUGGCGAGACAAUUUUCGCAAUUAGUGAAAAACAAGGAAUAAAGCUUGUUAACAAAUCAAGAGAGAUAAGGGAUAUUUUCAAAGGUAAGCAUGGAAAAUGCAUGGCAGUGGAUCAUGGAAAGUUAUAUAUUGGCUGCACAGACUCAAGCAUACAGGAGUAUAACACAACACACAAUAGGGAACUAGAAAUCAAACCACCUACAAGAAGUUGGAGGAAGCAAAGUAAACCAAUCAAUUCAAUUGUAGCCUAUAGAGAUUGGCUCUAUAGUGCAAGUAAGCAUGUUGAAGGAACAACAUUCAAGGAAUGGAAAAGAAGUGCAAAACCCAAAAUUUCAAUCCUUACUGACAAAGGAGAUAAUGUGGUAGCCAUGGAAGUGGUAGAAGAUUUCUUAUACCUAAUCUCUAGCUCAUCAGCAAGCAGCAUUCAGAUCUGGUUGAGAGGAGUGCCAAAAAAGUUGGGGAGAUUAUCAGCAGGGAGCAGGAUAACAAGCAUCUAUGCUGCCAAUGACAUUAUUUUUUGUGGUACUGAGAAGGGACUAAUCAAGGGCUGGAUCCCUCUAUAGGAAGAACUUCAAUUCAUUGUGUUGUGCAUACAUGUUUGUUCUUUCAAGUUUGAAGUUGCCAGCCUAGUAUUACAACAAAGAUUAGCCUGUGAUUUCAUACCUUAAGGCUUAGUGAGUUCAUACCUUACAUCGGUGAUUACUUGUCAAGCACCAUCGCAGACACCGGACACCAUACUCACACAAACAUCGGUAAUAGUUUAAGAAAGUGGAAGUGAUUGAAUGUAGCAUGCGUCAGUGCUACAUAUGUGACACCAAACAUCGGUAAUAUUUAUCAAAUAUUGAUAAAUAUUAGACACCAAACACACAAAUGUCGAUGCUGAUUACUAUAGUAAAUACUUAUGAAUUUGUAUUUUGAGUGAAAAUCAUUGUGAAUAGUAGGUGAUCAGGGUACAAGACAUGUUUUUUUUUGUUGUUGGAAAAGGUACAUGAAAUGAAAUGUUAUUAUUGUAAUGUAUUGUAAUAAAUACCAAUAUGUUAUUCCCAUGAA